CUACUCGGAUCUUUACUGGAUCAUCACUGAUAUAAACCAUUGUUUGGAGCAUUCGUGCAAUGAAAAUCCUUGAAGAGACUGAGACCGUUAAAAUGGACAGAAAGCUGUUGAAGCCUGAGGUAGAAAGGCGGAGAAGAGAAAGAAUGAAUCGGAGUCUGGAGAACCUGAGAACUCUUCUUCUGCAAGGCCCUGAGCACAAUAGUCCUUCUCAAAGAAGACUAGAGAAAGCAGAGAUCCUGGAAUACACCGUCCUGUUUCUGCAAAACUCUGUCGCUCAGGCCAAGAAAGCAAAGGAUGUGGAAGGAGGAGAGAAACAUCAGUUCGUGGACGGCUUUUCUUCAUGUCUUCAGAAAGCGGCCCGUUUCCUGUCAGAUGAAGGCGAUUCCCAUGGACUGGAAGCUUCUGUCUCCGAGACGAUGUGUCACCGUCUGACUCGACCCUGCAUGUCAUCCAGCAUCAGACUGCCGGUCAGAGUCCAGAACUCUGUUCCAGAUUCACACGCACAGCAGGAGAACUCUGUUUGCAAACAAGGACUUCCAUCCGCUUGCAGGAACAUUGUGCCAGACUCUAACAGGUUUCCAUCCAGAAACACAGACUCAAACACACAGCAUUCGACGGCCCGGCCCGACUCUCAGCAACAAGCAGUGGUCAGUCAGACGGUCUGGAGACCCUGGCCUUGAGAGAGAUCAAGGCUGAGACAUGGACUCAAAAACAGCGGGCUUGUGUAAUAAUCAGACAUGGU